ACGACCCCGCAACUUGCGACUCGCACUCCGGCCUCAGCAGCACGCGAAACCAGCAGCUGCGAGGCUGCGAAUAAAGAGGGGGAAAGAAGCGGGAAAGGGAUUAAAGAUCGCGCACCAUCUUUCUGUCGCCAGCUGUAAUGGAGAGAGGGGUCAGCUUCUGCCCACUCCGGCACAUCACCGCUUUAUGGUGCCAGCUUUUCAUCUUGAGCUCUGUUUUCAUCAUAACAAAAACAGAUAUAACUUGCAGAUCAUGUCACCCCCAGGCUAACAAUAAAGAGUUACUGGAGCUGCUGAAGAUGGACACGCUGGAAUCUGCAACAGGGUCUGGAGGGGAACUUGUGAGGAGAGGAGACGGGGCAACGGGCUCCGAUCCCGCAAGUGAUGAAAGUGAGGACCCUGAAGGUCUGCGGGAUCCGUUCCACCACCGCUCGGAUCCGGGAGGAAAGGGCGCUUUGAGAGGAAAACGAGAUACGGCUGGUCGGGAUGCUCUGGAGAAAGCCAACCUUGCUGUGGUGAAGGAGAAAGUUUCCAGCCUCAGAACGAAAUAUGAAGAAGAAAACGGUGGCGAAAAAGGUGCGACCGUGCCUACAGCAGUGAGACAGGCUAAAAUGGGUGAUCGGUACCACCAGCAGAUUCGCAGGAGCGACCGGAGACGCCGGGGAGAAGAAAGUGGCCGCGGGGCUUCACCACACGAAGCCCCGGAGAAAGGACCUCUGUCACUUGUGCAUCGCCGGGAGCGCAGCGCCUCGCUGGCCGGACAUAGGCUGCCCGGGUCCGGGUCCGACUCCAGGUGGACCGGCGAGGACAGGAGGAUGGGCGCCUACCGACAGGACGAGCUCAAACUUACCAGCUCCACUUUCGCUCUGACCGGGGAUUCUACCCACAACCAAGCCAUGGUGCACUGGUCGGGGCAGAACAGCAGCGUCAUUCUUAUGCUAACCAAGCUGUUUGACUUCAACCUUGGCAGUGUUACAGAGAGUUCCCUGUGGAGGUCAACAGACUAUGGAACAACAUAUGAGAAACUUAAUGAGAAAGUUGGAGCAAAAACCAUCUUGAGCUACUUGUAUGUCAGUCCCAAUAACAAAAGAAAGAUCAUGCUGUUGACUGAUCCAGACACUGAAAACAGUCUGUUGAUCAGCACUGAUGAGGGUGCCACCUACCAGAAGUACCGGCUGAAUUUCUACAUCCUAAGCUUACUGUUUCACCCUGAGCAGGAGGACUGGAUUCUGGCAUACAGCCAUGAUCAAAAGCUCUACAGUUCUGUGGAUUUUGGAAGACGAUGGCAGCUUGUACAUGAAAGGGUGGCACCUAAUCGAUUCUACUGGUCAAAAAUGGACAAAGAACCUGGCUUAAUUCAUCUAGAGACUGGUAUUUCAGAAGGACGGGCUCAAUAUGUCACCUGCAAGGUUCAGAACUGCACAGAGGCCAACAAAGGCAAACCGUUUCCAGGAUAUAUUGACCCCAAUUCUCUCGUGGUUCAGGAUGAGUAUGUCUUUGUUCAGGUGUCAACGGGAGGCCGACCAGUGUAUUAUGUGUCUUAUAAAAGGGAUGUAUUUGUACCUAUGAAGCUUCCGAAGUACACUUUACCAAAGGACUUGCAUGUUAUCAGUACAGAUGAAAACAGAGUGGUGGCUGCCGUCCGGGAAUGGAAUCAGAAUGACACAUACAACUUGUACGUCUCAGAAGAAAGAGGGGUUUUCUUCACCUUGGCUUUGGAGAAUGUUAUAAGCAGCAUGGGCCCUGAGGGCAAUGUCAUGAUCGAUCUCUAUGAGGUAGCGGGGAUAAAAGGAAUGUUCUUGGCAAACAAAAAGCUUGAAAACCAAGUGAAGACCUAUAUCACAUACAACAAAGGCCGAGAUUGGCGUUUACUUCAAGCCCCUUCCACAGACCUCAGAGGAAAUAGCAUCCACUGUGUACUGCCAUACUGUUCAUUGCACUUGCACCUUCAUGUGUCAGAGAAUCCAUAUACAUCUGGAACAAUAGCAAGCAAAGAGUCAGCUCCAGGUAUCAUUGUAGCAUCAGGUUCCAUUGGCUCUGAGCUGACCACCAGCAAUGUCAGCAUGUUCAUAACCUCAGAUGCCGGGAACACAUGGCGGCAGAUAUUUGAAGAAGAGUACAGUGUGCUUUAUCUUGACCAAGGUGGCGCGUUGGUGGCAAUUAGACACACACCACUUCCCAUUCGGCAUCUUUGGCUAAGCUUUGAUGAAGGACGAGUUUGGAACAAAUACAGCUUCACUUCAUCUCCUCUCUUUGUGGAUGGAGUUCUAGGAGAACCAGGAGAGGAGACACUUAUAAUGACAAUAUUCGGGCAUGUCAGCCAUCGCUCUGAGUGGCAGCUUGUCAAGAUUGACUUCAGGUCCAUCUUUAACAGGAGAUGUACAGAGGGAGAUUAUCAAACAUGGCACCUACACAAUCAGGGUGAGCCGUGUAUCAUGGGAGUGAAAAGGAUCUACCGGAAGCUGAAGCCUAUAGCCAGAUGUGUUAUGGGAAAGGAUUACUCUGUAACAAUGACUUCUGAACCCUGUGAAUGCACAGAAUCAGACUUUGAAUGUGAUUAUGGUUAUGAGAGGCGGAAUGAUGGAAAGUGCGUGCCUUCCUUCUGGUUUUCAUCGUCUUCCAUGGUGAGGAGCUGUACUACUGGAAAUAGCUUUCUCAACAGCACUGGAUACAGGAAGGUUGUGUCCAAUAACUGCACUGCUGGUGUAAUUGAGGAGUACACAGCCAGGAAGCAGUCCUGUCCCAGUCGGGCUCCCAAAGGCCUCCAUCUCAUCACUAGUGAAGGAAAGCUGACAGCCGCACUGGGCACCAAUGUCACAUUCCUUGUCUUUCUGGAGGAGGGUGAUGGGUCAAAAACAAGUAUCAUGGUGGACUUUGGAGAUGGUAAUGCAAUCACAUACUCUAACCUGAGUUCAAUUGAGGAUGGAAUCAAACAUGUUUACCGCAAUGUGGGGAUUUACAAAGUUUCCGCGACAGGAGAAAAUAGUCUUGGAUCGGAAACCGUGGUGCUCUACCUGCAUGUAACGUGUCAGUUGGAACAUAUCUAUCUUUCGGCUCCAUUUGUGGCUGUGAAGAAUAAAGAAGUCAAUCUUACCGUGGUCCUAUGGCCAAGUCAAGUGGGAUCGGUCACUUACAUCUGGUGGUUUGGUAAUAACACAGAGCCACUAAUCACCUUGGAGGGAAGCGUUGCAUUUACAUUCUCCCGGGAUGGAAUCAACACUGUCACAGUGCAGGUCUCUGCUGGGAACACUAUCUUGCAAGACAAGAAAACAAUUGCUGUGCAUGAAUAUUUUAGAUCACACCUUUUAGCUUUCUCUUCUAACCUGGAUGAACACAAUCCUGAUGUUGCUGAAUGGAGAUUUGAUGUCAGCAGAGUUAUCAAAAAUUCCAUGGUUGAGGCCACAGGUAUCAGUGAAGAGCAGCUUUUAGUCACAGUCCUGCCUGGUUUGCCAACAGCAGCAGAAUUUUUCCUUCUUCCUGAUAAAGAGCUAACGGAGAAGAAGCCAGAGAAAAUUGCGACUCAUUUAGAUCAGCUUUCUGAAGUCUUACUCAGUGCUCUCAAUCAAAACCUUGUACAAUUCACCCUCCGGCCUGGGGUUCAAGUCACAGUGUAUGCCGCACAUUUAUCAGCUGCUCCACUCGUGGACACGACUGAAAGCCACAGUGGUUCUGCAAUGCUCAUGCUGCUGUCAGUGGUCGUUGUGGGUUUAGCCGUGUUUGUCAUCUAUAAAUUCAAGAGGAAGAUCCCAGGCAUCAAUGUCUAUGCGCAGAUGCAGAACGAAAAAGAGCAAGAAGUGAUAAGUCCAGUCAGUCCCAUGGAAGGAGCUCCAAACACGCAAAGAGACUUGGUGACUUCUUUGGAGCUGCUGGACACAGAGUUGAACACACAGGCCAUAGAACCUCACAAGGACAUCAGACUUUCAACAGAAAUACCAUCAUACGUCAACGUUUGAAUUCUGGAACCCAAGGAAGUUGCAGUUGUAUUUCGCACCUGCAAAUCAUUCAGACACCAAGGUUUCAAGCUUUAUG